AUGCAAAAUCAUCUCAUCUUUCUAUCUAUUCUACUGAUUUCAUUCCAAUCCUCUAUCUCCUUCGCCAUAGAUGCCGGUAAUCACUACAUCCCCGACGAAAGAGACGCGCUGAUUCAACUCAGAGACUCACUUAACUCCAAAAUUCUACAUGCAAACUGGACAGGACCUCCAUGUUACAAGAAUCAAACCAGAUGGAUCGGUAUUGAUUGCUACGAUUGGCACGUAACUUCAAUCAUCCUCGAUAACCUCAAUCUAUCUGGUUCUCUCCCCAGUAAUAUCUCAGCACUGAGAAGUUUAUCUUUCCUGACUCGACUCAGUCUCGCUGGGAAUUCAAUCUCUGGACGACUCCCUGACUUGAAAGGCUUAUACCGUCUCGAAUCGAUUUCCUUAUCUUCCAAUCGCUUCUUCGGUCCUAUUCCUUACGAAUACGUAGGAUUUCCCAAACUGUUUCGUCUAGAUCUACAAGAGAAUUCACUAUCGGGUUCACUUCCUCCUUUCGAUCAACAGAGUCUUAGGGUUUUCAAUGUGUCGCGUAAUCGGCUUAGUGGAUCGAUCCCUGUGAAUUCGGUUUUAGGAAGAUUUUCUGCGAAUUCUUUUCGAGAUAACGCUGGGUUAUGCGGACCGCCGUUAGUUGAGGCGUGUUCUGGUUAUCCUCCUUCUAUUGAAGGAGAAAGGAAGAGAGAAAGAAGGAAUGUUAUUGUUCGACAUCCAUGGAUUGUUGCUUUGAUUGCAGUUCUUACCAGUUCGUUCAUGGUUGUAAUGAUAUGUUGCUAUUGUAGAAAUAUCCGUAAGAAGAAAGCAAGACAAGAGAAGGCUAGAAGAAAAAUGCAAUGGUCAAAUGAUAACAAUAGAGAAGAAUCGAAGAAGAAAGGUGAGGAAUUAGAAUUUGUAGAUGAAAAUAGAGGAGUGAAGAAGUUCAACAUGGACGAUUUAUUGAAGGCUCCCGGCGAAGUGAUCGGAAAAGGUGAAAUGGGGUCUACUUACAAAGCGUUAAUAGAAGCCGGCGGCCCUGCCGUCGCCGUAAAAAGGUUGAAGUACGUGGAAUCAUUGAAAAGGAGAGACUUUGUACAGCAAACCCGGCUGAUCGGAAACCUACGCCAUGAGAAUCUCGUGGAAAUUAUCUGUUUUUAUUACUCGAAGAAGGAUAAACUCAUCGUAUAUGACUUCGUUCCUAAUAUUGGAAACCUUUUUCAGCUACUCCAUGGUUAG